AUGUAUAAUCCAGCACACUCAAUUGUUGUUGGGAAUAAACAGCCCCCACCACCAACUUUGAAUGGAGGUGUUCAUCCACAAUCCGGUUCGGGUGCACCACCACCACAGCAACAGCAACAGCAACAACAGCAACAGCAACAACACCAGUAUCAGCAACAACAACCACCUCAUGCAACAGGUCCGGGAAUGAUUGUAGCUGCGGCUCAAGCUACUGCCAACCAACAAGCAGCUGCUCAAGCUCAGGCUCAAGCCCAGGCACAGGCCCAAGCUCAAGCCCAGGCCCAAGCUCAAGCUCAAGCUCAAGCCCAAGCUCAAGCCCAGGCUCAACAAGCCCAACAAGCCCAACAAGCCCAACAAGCCCAACAACCUGGUCAAGGCAACCCCACCUCAAAUGCACUUAGUGAGACAACUGCAUCUACCUGGUUAGCAAUUGGUUCUUUAGCUGAAAGUUUGGGAGAUUUCGAUCGUGCAAUGUCAGCAUAUGACUCUGCAUUGAGGCAUUCCCCUAAUAACCCGGAAAUCUUGACCAAACUAGCCAAUGUUUACCGUUCAAAAGAUGUGUUUUUCAAGGCUGCAGAAUUGUAUGAACAAGCACUUAAUUUCAAUCCCGAAAAUGGUGAAACUUGGGGGUUAUUGGGCCAUUGUUAUUUAAUGUUGGAUGAUUUACAAAGAGCAUAUGCUGCUUAUCAGCGUGCAUUGUAUUAUUUGGAAAAUCCCAAUGUACCGAAAUUAUGGCAUGGUAUUGGUAUUCUUUAUGAUCGUUAUGGGUCAUUGGAGUAUGCUGAAGAAGCAUUUGUUCGUGUAUUGGAAUUGGAUCCUAAUUUUGAAAAAGCCACUGAAAUUUAUUUUCGAUUGGGGAUUAUUUAUAAACACCAGGGGAAAUUGCAACCAGCAUUGGAGUGUUUCCAGUACAUUUUGAACAAUCCGCCUCCGCCAUUGACUCAACCUAAUGUUUGGUUUCAAAUUGGAUCAGUUUUGGAACAACAAAAGGAUUGGAAUGGAGCUAAAGAAGCUUAUGAAACAGUAUUGCAAGUUAAUCCUCAACACGCCAAGGUCUUGCAACAAUUGGGUUGUCUUUACUCUCAAGCUGAACUGAAUCCGCCAACACCAGGUCAAAGUAAUGGAUCCUCUCACCGACAUGAACCAUUUCAACAGGACUUGAAUAUUGCUUUGAAAUAUUUGACUCAAUCGUUGGAAAUUGAUCCGACUGAUGCUCAUUCAUGGUAUUACUUGGGCAGGGUCCACAUGAUUAGAGGUGAUUUCAAUGCUGCUUAUGAAGCUUUCCAACAAGCUGUCAAUCGUGACUCCAGAAACCCAACUUUUUGGUGUUCUAUUGGGGUCUUGUAUUACCAAAUCAGUCAAUAUCGUGAUGCUUUGGAUGCUUAUACUAGAGCCAUUAGAUUGAAUCCAUACAUUAGUGAAGUUUGGUACGAUUUGGGAACAUUGUAUGAAACUUGUAAUAAUCAAAUUAGUGAUGCAUUAGAUGCUUAUAGACAAGCAGAAAGAUUAGAUCCAGGGAAUCCUCAUAUAAAGGCAAGAUUAGAUCAAUUGAUCAAGUAUCAACAAGAGGGUAAUACUCAUGCUCCACAACCACCUCCAUCUAUUCAACAGCCAAGAUUACCCCAGGGAAUGGUUUUGGAGAGUAACCAGCAACCAGGUCAACAAGGACUGCCACCGCAACCAGGUCAACAAGGACUGCCUCCGCAGCCAGGCCAACAAUUGCAAAGUGGUCCGGCGCCAGGUCAACCUUUCGGGCAACAGCAGCAGCAACAACAACAACAACAACAACAAUAUCAACAGCAACAACAGCAACAGCACCAACAGCACCAACAGCACCAGCAGCACCAACAACAACCGCUGCACCAACAUCCACAGCAACAACCAGCACAACAGCUGCAGCAUCAAUAUUCCCAACAAGCUCCACCUCCCCCAAACAAUGAAGGUCCAGCACCUCAGCAAUUGACAGCAGCAGCUAGUCAACAUGGAUCACAAUUGCCAGCACCACCACCACAUCAACAAAUUCCCCAGUACCCACAAGGACAACCAGGCACUGCAGCAGGUCUUGCUCAGUACCAAAGUUCAAAUCUCAAUCAACAACCACAGCAGCAUCACCAGCAAAUUCCUAUACCCCAACAGGCUCCACCUCCAUCGCAAUUCAACAGCCAAACUUCUCAUCAACCUCAACCUCCUAUCCAAGUGAAUCAAAGUGAGCCAUUGCAGGCUAGUCCAGCAUUACCCACUUUAAACAAUUCUAAUCCAUCCAUUGAAACAAAACCACAAUUGGAUUCGAAACAAAAGGAGGCAAAGAGAACGCCAAAGCCUAAUGAUGCUGUGUUGACGUCUGAAAGUUCAACGAAACAAUCAGAGCGUGCUAGCUCUCCUCAUGUUGCAAAAGUUGAACAACCAGCACAACUGGAAACGCCAGAAACCACUCCGCAUGCUGAGGAACUGGCAACCAAUUUGAAGCAAGAGCAAGCAGCCACUGAGGCGAAAAGUGUAUCUGCUCAACAAGAGCAACAGCAAAAACAACCAACACUGGAAGUUGCUGAAAGCAAGCCAGAGUCGCCAUCUGUGCCAACAGAACAGGCCGAAGAACCACCAGUAGCAACAACGGCGGCACCGGCAGCAGCACCAGCAGCAGCCCCGGCAGAAUCAGCACCUGAAAAUAGCAAAACUGCAUCUCCAGCCCCACAAAACAAUGGGAAACACGAUUUGGAUGAAAAGGAUGAUUCGGAAAAGAUUUUGAAAAAGAAGGAUACCGAAGGACAAAAAGCAACUACUGCUUCCGAACCUGAGCAUCAAAAUGAAUCUUCGACGAAGCCCAUCCAGGAAGAAGUUGCAGUCUCUUUGAAACCUAGCGUUGAGACUUCUGAAGCUGCGUCAGUUCAGCAACCAAAUCCAGGAACUCCUUCUUCGGCUGAAGUCCCACCAGUGCCAGCUGAAGAGUCUUCAGUUCCUCGUUUUUCAAGUAAUGUGACUGGCAACAAUGACGCAGAGGAGCAAGAAAAUGGAGCUAACCCCAAUGAUCCCGAUGAAGUCGUUUCUGGGGCUAUACCUGCUGGUAAUAAGGACAACGGUGACCGCGGUAGUGAUGGCAAACCAGUUGAGCAGGAUCAUCAUCAUACAGGUGAGACUUCUGCUAGAGAAGAGAAACAUGAAGAAGAACGCAAGAGGUCUGAAGUUAAUGAUGAUGUAGAAAAGAAGGCUGAAGGUGGUGAAGAGAAGAAGGAAGGUUCGCCAGCUGGCGCUGGUGCUGAUGCUCCGGCUACCGAAGCUACCAAGAAGGAUGAUGUUGAAGUGAAGGAGAGUAAACCAGAUGAUGAGAAGAACGAAAAUGAGGAACCUGAUGCGAAGAAGGAGGAAGAUCCUGAGCCUCCAAUGAGACAGGUUGAAGAGGAUGAGGAUUAUGAUGAUGAAUAA